UGUUCGCAGGUUCACACACUCACGUGUAACCGUAAAAAUAGUCUAAAAAAAUCUUAAAAAGCCAGCACACACACACACACACGUUAAAGGAUUGACGGAGAGGGGCUGAAGUAACUCUUCAGAGGCAGUAAAAUCUGUCGGUUGAAUUGGUGGUAGUGCAUUAAUCCGUGUGUGUACAGGGCCACAAUCUCAAUGAUUGGUUUCGUUUGGAGUUGGCUGCGUAAAGCUCACAAGUUUCCCUAUGGUUGUCCCUCGCAAGCUCCCAACAAUUGAUCGGUUUUCUUAUUAUCCCUCCGAAUCCCGAGGCGAAUAUCUCUGUGUGGCUUAUGACAAAGUGGACAGAAGGUGAAACCGAUGAUAAUAGCAAUGAGAAUGACGCGCGGCAUCAGUGUUAAGUGUGUUGAACAGUGUCAACUCGAUGUAUCACACGUAGCUGAUCGUAGCUUCAAGUAUCUAGUGUGAGAGACUUAGUUUUGUAAUAAAAUAGGGUAGUGAGCGAGGGGCUGGGGUUUUUUUUCUGGAAAAUGGAUAAAUAAAUUGUGAAAGCUGAAGAGAUUAGCGUAUCCCUCGUGCCGGGUUUUUCCGAGUGGUUUGAGCGUCAAGAGACGACGUACGGAUAACAUCAGCUCUGGGGAGGACGUUGGAGGACCCAGUCGGAAUUGCAAGUACGGUAUUUUUGACGUUGAUGACAAUAUGGCAACUCAUGGAGGCAGUGCUGGGGAUGGUGGGUCGAUUGCCGGUGGUAGCACUCUACCGUCGACGUCUUCGCCGACACCACUGUUAAUGUCAUCGCCACCCAUCUCCGGGGGAGAUUUUCGACUGACGCAGGGACAGAAUCAAACACAAAUGCCACAGCAGAAAGCGAAUAACUUUGAGCCGCUUGACAAGAGCUGCUCCAAUACUUUGAAGCGUAAUCCGAAGAUGGAGCUGAGUAAGACGGACUUGCUGAAACUGCUUGGUUAUCUCGAGGGAGAAUUGCAGGCUCGAGAUAUUGUAAUUGCUGCUCUCAAGUCAGAGAAGAUGAAGCAUCUGCUGAAUUCCCGGUAUCGGAGUGGUACUUCUGAUCCCCAUGUGGCUCUGGCACGAGACGUUGCAAUUGUCGGGGGAGUAAUCCGGAAUGACAAUGAUCAGAUCGAACGAAAGAUUCCGGAUUUUAAUAUGAGGAUGCUCAAACAGAAAGCCUGCCAGAGACGAAUGGUGGAGAUGUUGGAGGACGCGGAAAUCCGGCAUAGAGCGGUAAUCGAAGAAUUGGAAGAAGAGAAACGUAAACACGAGCAUGACACGGCCCAGGGUGACGACAUAACAUACGGCCUCGAGAAAGAGCGCACGAGAUUGAAGAAGGAAUUAGAACUCGAGAGACAGGAGAAGCAACGACUGGAGAUGGAAUUGAAGAAGGAGAGUUUAGCCCUAGAAAUGGAGAAAAGUAGACAGAAACAAAUUGUUCUCCUCCUCCUAGCAGAACGAAAAAAGAUAAUAAUGAAGUACAUCGAGGAGCGUAAACGUUCCGAGGAUUUGGCGCAGAUACUGAGUGAGGAAAAAGUGAGGAUUGAUUCGAUGGCAGAGGGUCUGGAGGAGGAGAGCAAGAAGUCACUUCAGAUGGAGGCAGAGUUGGAGAAACAGUUGGCUCAAUUUGAUAUGGAGAGGCAGCAGUAUCGACAGGCACUUUCGAAGGAGGAGAAGAAGUCGAAGGAGUUUGAGACAGAGUUGGAGAGAAUGAAGGCAGAGUUGGAGUCGUGGAAGAGUGGGGCUGCGAUACGUGGGGGUAUCAGGGCUCCCUUGGGUGCAACACCACCUCCACCACCUGCUAAACCCGCCAAUUUGGCAGCUAUGCCCACCCUGAGACCUGCUGGGGUGGCGACACAAGCAUUGAAAGGAGCACCUGUUCUAGGUACGGGAACCCCAAUGGUCAGUAGUAAAGUUGUCCAACCCACAGCGACAGUAACCAGUGUACCAGUGAGUGGACCAACAACUGGUAUCGCAAGAUCAGUGACACCGCGUCAAGUAAUGCGAGGUGUGACGUACGGUUCAGCUGUCGCUCCAGCCUCUAUCACCCAGGCACCGUCUCCCCCAGUGACUGGCACUAUCACAAAUGACAGUGCACCACCAGUCACCUCAUCACAAGGAUCAGUACCCCCUGGGCCAGCAGUGCCAGCUAACAUUAUAACUGCUGGUCCUCAAAAUGUUGGUGAUACAAAUACAUCGGCCCCCGAGCCCCAGACAACUGAUAAACGAGUCGUUGCGAACGAGGGAAAGGGCACAGCACCAGCAUCAGCAUUAAAAUCGUCAUUUCAUGGGGCAACAGUUGCUGGAUGUGGUAAAAAACCACUGGUGCCACGUGGUAUGCCACCACCAGUGCCACCGAAUAAACCUGUUGUUCCACCGAAAAAGGAGGCUGCUUACAUGAGACGUCCUGAUCCCAAUCAACCACUUCAAGAUACUUUAAAAAUUGGGAAACAGGGGACGUGUCAGAGUCAGGGGUUAACACAGACACAACAGCCAGCACAGCCAUCAUCACCCAUUCCCACUCAUCAACAGAUCCCUGAUGAGACAAAACCACGCUGAUCCGCUGUCGAAUCACCAUGAUCUCUGGAUAGAACGUGAAUAACCCUGGAUUCCGUAACAAAAAUGUUAACAAUCCAGUCAUUCACUCCAUAGCACAUGCACUUAAUUCGUUGAUUAAUUGUACAUUUUCAAUCUGUUCGAUACAGAUUACAUAAAAGAGAGAAUUUACGUUCGCUAUCAUCACUGCCGCCUCACUACAUAGAUGGAUGAUCAAUAUUGUGGAAUUUAUAUUGUGAAAAUGAUUGAAGGUGGAAGAAUUUUCAAAGAACGUAGCACUGAUUGCUCGUUGAUCGUAACAUUAAUACUCGAAAAACUACUUUGAACAUGAUUGAUGCGAAUUUAAGGAUAAAACGAAUAAAGAAUGAUGAAUUUAGGAAUCAAAUUAGGGGAGGAAUUUCACUCAGCUCCUCAACAUUUGCUUGUAGAUGUCAUUGAAUUCAUUAAUCGUUAAAGUAAUUGUAAAAUGAUGGUGAGGAUGUCAUGGGGAUCUCACAAUAUGUUGGAUUUUUUUUCAUUGAGUACAUUAAAUAGAUUGAGAAAAAACAUGAAGGAAUGUUCCCGAACUAAUUUCUUGAGUUGAAUACA